AUGCGAACAUAUAAACAGGUCUGGUUUUCGAAAAUUGCAGCACAAAUCCCCAAGAUGAAGAAUCUAUCGUUUAUUGCAGCUGUUGCUGUAAUUGCGACUCUAUGUCUGGGCAUAGCGGGAAAUCCAUCACCAACGAUGCCACCACCACUUAAAACCUGUGAAAAUGCCGUUGCUGAUGUUAUGUUCGUGUUGGAUGAAUCUGGAAGUGUUGGAAGCAAUAACUAUAAAAAAAUGAAGGAGUUUGUAAACCACAUAGUGAAAUCCUUUCCAAUUGGUCCAAAACAUGUUCGUGUCGGAGCUAUUAGAUUCGCAAAGGUUACAACUCCACAGUUUGCAUUGAAUAGCUAUAAUGACAAAAACUUAGUACUAAAAGGCAUUAACAGUAUACCCUACAGAGGUGGUAAUACUAAAACGCACAAGGCCCUCAAUUACCUGAGAACUACCUCAUUUACACAAGCGGCAGGGGAUAGAAAAGAUGCCCCGAAUAUUGCUAUUAUUCUAACAGAUGGCAAAUCCAACAACCAAAGAGAAACAAUUACGGCGGCAAGAAAAUUACGAAACGCGAACGUGAUUGUUUUUGCUAUCGGAAUCGGUAACAAUCUUAACGAACUUGAGUUGAAAGAAAUUGGUAAUUCACCAACAGAUAAAUACGUGUUUACAGUGAAAGACUUUGAUGCCUUAAAAUCUAUAGAAAGUGAAUUAAUAAAAAAAACUUGUGAGGCUGACCCAUGUGACGCGAAACCAUGCAAGAAUAGUGGAGUGUGCAAAAGUAAAGGCAAUUCGUACACGUGUACAUGCAAAACUGGAUAUUCUGGAGAAAAUUGUGAUAAAGUUGAUCCGUGUGCCGCAAGCCCAUGCAAGAAUGGAGGAGUGUGCGAAAGUAAUGGCAAUUCGUACAAGUGUACAUGCAAGGCUGGAUAUUCUGGGACAAAUUGUGAUACAGUUGAUCCGUGUGCCGCAAGCCCAUGCAAGAAUGGAGGAGUGUGCGAAAGUAAUGGCAAUUCGUACAAGUGUACAUGCAAGGCUGGAUAUUCUGGGACAAAUUGUGAUACAGUUGAUCCGUGUGCCGCAAACCCAUGCAAGAAUGGAGGAGAGUGCAAAAGUAAUGGCAAUUCGUACAAGUGUACAUGCAAGGCUGGAUAUUCUGGGACAAAUUGUGAUACAGUUAUUCCCGAUUGUGUGUGUAAAGUAUCAGGCGAUCCACAUUAUGCCACAUUUGAUGGUCAGCUCAUACAUUUCAUGGGAACAUGUAAAUAUACUCUUGCAUCAACAACAAAAGGCUCCUCAUUGAUGGCCUUCAGUGUAGAAGCGAAAAAUGAACAUCGCUUUAAUAAUAAGAAGGUUUCGUACAUUCGCAUGGUUGAUGUUAAAGUGAAUGGUGUAACACUUCGCUUGUUACCAGGUCACACAGUUUUGGUCAACAAACAAAUAUUCCAAAUGCCGUUAAAGAAUUUCUUGGUAUUUGAUGCUACGUACUCCGCCGGAUGGGUCACAGUUACUACAACUUUCGGACUGAAAGUGAAAUUUGAUGGAAACCAUCGUGUUUAUAUUUAUGUAAGCGGUAAAUACAGAGGCCAGCUGACAGGACUGUGUGGUGACUGCAAUAGCAAGAGAGACGACUUUCGUACGAAGGAAGGUGUUGAUGUAUCGAAAAAAGCAAAUAAAUACUCCCUCAUUGGCAAGAGCUAUCAAGUGCCUGACGAUAGUGACAAACCAGAAAAAGUAUGCAAUGUCACAGAUAUCACUACCGAUUGCGAUCUAAAAAUAACUGGUGUUUGUGAACUUAUGACACACGAGAAUGGUAUUUUUGGACAAUGUGUGAAGAGCUUAGGAAAGGAAGUAGCCAGACAAUAUUUGGACUCUUGCAAGAUUGAUGUUUGCGCUUAUAGUAUGACAGCUAAGUAUAAAAAGAGUGCCACUUGCAAAAGUUUCGAAAGUUUUGUCAAGGAAUGUGAAGCAAAAGAUGUUUUAGUUAACUGGAGAGGAGUUUUGGGAUGCCAGUUGGAUUGUAGUACAUGGGCGAACACGAUGUACAAAUUUAAUGUUUCUGACAACCAACCAACUUGCAUGAACAGAAAUCCCACACCGACCGCUUAUCUUACUGAUGGAUGUAUAUGCAAAGGAAACUAUGUUCUCAGUGGAAAGGAAUGUGUACCAAUAUCACAAUGUGGUUGUAUGUAUAGCGGAACGUAUCUAAAGGCUAACACAACUAUAUUAUCAAGCGACUGCUCAGUAUCGGUAACGUGUUUGGGCAAUGGAAAAAUUCAUGAAAGUUCUUCAUGUCCGUCAGGAUCUGAUUGUCUAAUUGAAUUUGGUCAACGCAUGUGCAAAUGCCCUGAUGGUUAUGCUCCUCUCAAUGGCGAAUGUAAAAAGACGCUGAAACCACCACCCCCACCUAUCAUCGAUCCAGCUUUCUUACAACCAGUAAUGCAUAUGUUUAUCCGUGUGUCGGUGGCUUAUAUAAAAGGAACUUUUCUGGAAGAAUUGAAAUUUGAACAUGUGGAAAAAUGUGCGCACAGAUGUAUGAAUAAUACUAAAUGUAAAUCAUUUAACUUCGAUGAUCUCGUAAAAACUUGUCAGCUAUAUUCUAUCAGUGCUGCAACUGGUAUCACUUUGACACCUAGUGAAUGUCCGUACAGGGAGUACUACCAACGAAUCGACAGUAAAACUGUUGUUAUCUACGGUGCAACUAUAACGACGUGUAUUCAUAUUUCUGAGUACAGUAACAUUAAAACAGAAGCUGAAUGUAAAAAGCUGCGUAUUAAAGGGAACUAUACAGCAAUGGAAUACUCAAAAUUCUUCAAGGGCUGUGGUGUUACUCACAAUGCGGAAAAGACAUACGGUUUGACUGGUAACAUAUUUUGGAAAUUUGAGCGUACGUAUCUAUUUUAUCAUCUUCCAUCAAAUCCUGUUGUCUUCAUACCACUUUUCUGUUAUUCCGAAGCUACAUUCUCGGCUAACAGCCUAGUGCACUCUUUUACCUGCUUCCCCCAAGCUCUAGAUGAGGGUUUCAAUAAGCUUUGUAUAUCCAUAGGUAAUUCCUCAUUUAUGCACAUUAUAAGUGCGUAUGAACCUACUUUGUCAGCACCUGAACAAGAAGAUUAUGUUGCAAACUCGAUAACAGAAUUUAGAUAUGAACCAGACGAAGGAGUUACCUUCGAGGUGUACUAUAGAAGAUACGAACAGAUCUUCAAUAAAGAGUGCAAAGAUUGGGACGACGAUAUCAAGACGCGUCUUAGCCUAAAAAAACUGGCAGCAGGAGAACAUAAGCAUUACAGCAAUUACGUACUCUCGAAAACAACUUCUGACAUUAGCUUUAAAAAAUACAAUAGACGUAUUGUCUAA